ACCAGCCCUGCCUCUGACCCCAGGUGGGCUCAGACCACAGCCCUGGGAACCACAAACCCUUGCUGGCCCCAGAGGAGACAGACUCUGGCUUGUCUCGGCAACAGGCUGUAUGCUUCAUACCCUGAGGCACUGGUGCAGGUGAGACAAACAGCUGGGAGAGCUGCCCCAGACACUUAGGGUCCUGGCAGAGAAAGGGAAGUCAUUCCAGUGGGCACAGGGUUCCUGGAAUCGGGAUCUGCAACCCAAGUCGGAGGUGCCCCACCCCCACCAUGUCACCGGGAGAAACUCUGGACCCGCUGCCUGACACCCUCAUUCUGCAGCCGCCAGUCUUCCACCCGCUGGUUCCUUACGUCACGACAAUUUUUGGCGGCCUGCGAGCAGGCAAGAUGGUCACGCUACAGGGAGUGGUCCCUCUAGGUGCACGCAGGUUCCAGGUGGACUUCCAGUGCGGCUGCAGCCUGCACCCCCGGCCAGAUAUCGCCAUCCACUUCAACCCCCGCUUCCACACCACCAAGCCCCACGUCAUCUGCAACACCCUUCACGGUGGGCAGUGGCAAGCCGAGGCCCGGUGGCCCCGCCUGGCCCUGCAGAGAGGAGCCAGCUUCCUCCUCCUCUUUCUCUUUGGAAAUGAGGAGAUGAAGGUGAGUGUGAACGGACGACACUUUCUCCACUACGCAUACCGGCUCCCGCUGUCUCGGGUGGACACCCUGGGCAUAUAUGGUGACAUCUUGGUGACGGCUGUUGGAUUUCUGAACAUCAAUCCAUUUGUGGAGGGCGGCAGCGAGUAUCCGGUUGGACACCCUUUCCUGCUGGAGAGCCCCAGGCUGGAGGUGCCCUGCUCACGUGCCCUUCCCCGGGGCCUCUGGCCUGGACAGGUCAUCAUAGUGCGGGGGCUGGUCUUGCCAGAGCCGAAGGAUUUCACGCUCAGCCUGCGGGACGAGGCUGCCCAUGUUCCUGUGAUGCUAAGGGCUUCCUUCGCAGACAGAACUCUGGCCUGGGUCUCGCGCUGGGGCCAGAAGAAGCUGAUCUUGGCCCCCUUUGUCUUCUACCCGCAGCGAUUCUUUGAGGUGCUGCUCCUGUGCCAGGAGGGAGGGCUGAAGCUGGCGCUCAAUGGGCAGGGCCUGGGGGCCACCAGCCUGGGCCAGCAGGCCCUGGAGCAGCUGCGGGAGCUGCGCAUCAGUGGCAGCGUCCAGCUCUACUGUGUCCACUACUGAGGAGGGAUCCAGAGGGCUGGCCAGAGAAGAGGAAGGCCCUCCUAAACCCAGGAUGGCCCCGCUCUCCUCCUCUCAUCUCAACAUCCACCUGUCACCUGGUGUCAGGCCUGGCUCCCUACUGGAGCCAGCAGCCUGAGUCUGCAGGGGCUUUGGACUGCCCAGCAGAGGGUAGGCACAAGAGUGUGAGCGUUCAGAAAUUCUGCAGCUCCCUCCACCAGGAGCCUGCGAUCUGGUUCUGCCUUCCUUCAGGGCCUAGACAAGGAAGCAGGCUUUGUACUCUAACGAAGAUAUCCCC